UCAGAUCUCAUAGCAGAAGUUGCUGCGUUGGAAGGGAAUAAAAGUGUGAGGCCGAUUAUGUCGUGCUACGACGGCAAUAAUUUUGUGGGCCAGAUUAUGGUUGAGCAUGUCUUGAGUGAUGGUCAGAGUUCAUCUGACUCUAGCUUUGAGACUGUAUCAUCGGAUUGUAGCCAGCUCUCUCUAAGUGAGCUCUCAAGAAUCGCUCUCGUAUCAAGCAAUCUCAAACGGGGACACAAACGAAAAGCCCAUGAAAAACCCAUAGAGACUAAACGGUUCAAAAAGGUUUCCGAAUCCGUAAGGAGAGUGUACAAAUCCACUCGUAUGGAGGUAUGGAGGAGGCAUGCGGUAUGGGAGGCUGCGAAAUCAAAUCCAGACCAUGCUCGGUUAAAUCUGAGAAGGAGAUAGAACCGGAUGUUAUAAAUGGUCAGCGGCCCCCUUAUAUAAACAUACUUCCAGAGAACUCCACUUCUCCGUCGUAAUAUCAGAGUUCUGCUGUUCCAGGAGCUUGAAAAUUCGAUGCAAACAAGGUUCGACCUUUGGCCACGUACCUCUGGCCAUGGAGAUAGAACCGGAUGAUAUAAAUGGUCAGCAGCCCCCUUACAUAAACAUACUUCCAGAGAACAGGCAGUUGGUUGUGGUGGUGGUUUCCUCCGCGGAAUGUGCUUAAAACUUUUGCGGUCUGUUAGAACAGUUCUUUGGGAUAUUUUCGGCAUUGGGAAACGUUCGCAGAUUAGACUUUAAUGAGGUGACUCCGGGGAUGGAGUAUAAUGGCCGGCGCUUUAUAGCAGCUGGCAACGAAGAUACAAUGGAAUAGGUGGCGAGCAACGUAUGUUCUAUGAAGCCUUACGUCUUAUAGUUUGUAAGACUAACGGCCUCAUAGAACAUACAUUGCUCGCCACCCAUUCCCUGGUUUCUUCGUUGGCCGCUGCGAUGUAGAGCCGGCCAUUGUAUUCAGUCACCGGAGUGACCUCAUUAAAGUCUAAGCUGCGAACGUUUCCGAAAUCCAAAAAUAUCCAAAAGAUCUGUUCUAACAGAUCGCAAAAGUUUUUUGCGCAUUCCGAGUAGGAAACCACCACCACAACAAACUGCCUGAUCUCUGGAAGUAUGUUUAUGUAAGGGGGCUGCUGACCAUUUAUACCAUCCGGUUCUCUCUCCAUGGCCAGAGUUACGUGGCCAAAGGUCGAACCUUGUUUGCAUCGAAUUUUCAAGCUCCUGGAACUGCAGAACUCUGAUACUACGACGGAGAAGUGGGCUGUGAUGAGCCGGGAAAAUGCGCCCCCUAUAGUCACGGAUAUUUGCCCAAAUGAACAGGUUGAGAUCUGGAUGGAUGCGGACAGUGUGGAUAUCAUCAAGGAGAGAUACAACAGCCUCAAACUAUCUUUUUGGAUGAUCGAAUUUGAGUUUUGCAAUUAGAUGACGCUAAUAUGUUUUUAUUUUAUGGAAUCUAUAUUUUGAAAUAUUAAAAAAAAGGGACGAUUACGGCAGACUCAUUUGUCUACCGAUUAUUCUGACUGGCAACGGUCAAACGAUAGUUUAUCGUAAUAGAAAAAUAAUAAAAUGUAAUAAUCAUUUAUGGACGUUGCUUUACUAACGAAA